CCUGGAAAAACUCAGCAGAUCUGGUAGCAUCGGCAGAGGAGAGCACAGUUAACACCCCGAGUCUCCACAACCCCCCAACAGAGAGGCAACAGGAGAGAGACAGACAAACAACACUUAUUUCCUCUCACCACCUGUCCGUAAGCAGAAGGAUGCGCCUAGUCAAGAAGUGUCAAUGCUGUCUGAUCCUGGUGUGUCUGCUCCUUGGAAUACUCAUCCUGUAUUACAGGCAAUUUGAGUGUGCUGUGGACAUUGGCUACAAAUCACUGAGUAGUCCAAGCAACCAGCUUGAAUAUGUGUUCAAGAAGCCUGGAGAACAAUACUCCCAUAUACCAUAUAAAAGGAAAGAGACUAUUGUCGGGCAGCUCACAAGAAACGACUGCAGUUGUGAAGAAUGGGAGACUCCAUUAAGCAGCUUCAUCAGUCGAGCAUCUGUUACCAAGUUGGAGCUGGCCUUUGAAGCAGUGGAACGCCAAGAGGUGAAGCAAAGGAGAGAAAAGGAGUAUCAACAUUUUCUACAAAGGACAAGGUCGUCUGCCGACAAGUUGCUUUUUGCCAAAGCGAACUCUCCCUUGGAGUACCCAAUUCAAGGUGUUGAAGUGCGGCCCAUGAAGACCAUCUUAAUACCAGGUUUAAAGCUGCAAGCUCAAUCGCAGAAUCUUUUUGAGGUGAACCUCACAGCAACUUUGGGAACCUUUGAUGUGGCGGCAGAGGUCGAUGGGGUCAAGGUCAAAGGUGAAGGGGAGAUGCACCUGUCUCUCUCGAGCUCUCGAGUGGACAACCUGAACCGUCAGCUCCAGUUUGUCACUUACACCAACACUGUCUUCAACCCAAACACGGCUGAUACAGUGUUGUUCAAGACAGAUGGACAUCAGGCUGAAUUUACCAUUAAGAUUCGACAUCCUGUCAUACCGAGGCUUUAUAAUGUUAAGAACCAGUCAGGCUAUAACAUCAGUGCCUUGGUAACUAUAGCAACCAAAACGUUUCUGAGAUAUGACAAGCUGAGGGAGCUGAUAUCGAGCAUUAGGAAGUAUUACCCCAAUGUCACCAUUGUAAUCGCAGAUGACAACGACAAACCACAAAAGAUUGAAGGAGCAUUCAUUGAGCAAUACUUCAUGCCAUUUAAGAAGGGUUGGUUUGCCGGGCGAAACUUGGCUGUCUCCCAGGUCAAAACGAAAUAUCUGCUGUGGGUCGACGAUGACUUUAUCUUCGCUGCAGACACCAAGCUGGAGAAAAUGGUGGACCUGCUGGAGAAAACAACUCUGGAUUUAGUUGGAGGCUCGGUGAGAGAGGUAACAACUUAUUCAGCCACAUAUCUGCACAAACUGAGUGUGGUACCAGGUGGAGAGGAGGGAGACUGCCUCACCAUUCGCAAGGGAUACUACCACGCAGUAAAAGGUUUCCCUAACUGUGUCGUCACAGACGCCAUAAUUAACUUCUUUAUGGCCCGAACGGAAAAGAUGCAGCAAGUUGGAUUUGACCCUGAUAUAACAAGACAAGGGCACUUAGAAUUCUUCAUCGAUAACUUGGGCCUCCUCCAUAUUGGAUCCUGCAGUGAUGUCAUGGUAGACCACGCCUCCAAAAUCAAGAUGCCUUGGACAAAGAAGAGUGAAACUGAGAAAAUGUAUUCCCAAUUGCGGUAUGUCCGGGGAUCGGAGGUGGAUAGCAACUUUCCGAACAAACUGUUUUAUUUCAAAAACCGGCUUAAAUGCAUCAGGAGCAGCUGAGGAGGCUGUUUUUAAAUUCAAAUGUUUUGAAAACUCAGGUAUCCAGCUGCAGGUUUAAUUUCGACUGUUUUGCCUCACUUCCGCUUAAGAACUCCACCUUAAAUUGUGGAAGUCACUCUCCCCCAGAAUCUCAAAGAUUGUGGGACUCUUUAGCUUUUCUUACCACUGCCAAACCACUGCUUCUAGACUUAGCUUGUCUUCUCUCCUCUUUACAAACCCGGGCAGUGCAUCCUGCAACAUGGUGAACCCUUCAGCUUCUUAGCUUACAAAUACAUUUCCCGAUUGAUAGACUUUGAGUGGAUUGUGCCGUGGUUCCUUUUUGGAUCCGUAUUGAUUUGAUAACUUUCUAUCAAUAAGUAUUGAUUUUUUUUUUAAGAGAAAAAAGCAAAAUUUGGGCAGUUUGCAAUAUGAGAAAUUAGCACCGUCUAACAACAGGCCAUUUUAGUGACUAAUCCCAACUGUUUGAAAGUGUGUUCACACACAGAAUUCCUUAGGCUGUUUAUCUUAACAAAGGUAUCAACCUGGUUAAGUUUGUUCAAGGCACCAACUAUAUAACCUCAAUGACUAGAGCAGUUAGAGCCAACCAAAACAAGGAGCUGGAGGGGAGAUUUGCCAAGAUUGCAUGUGAGGAACUGUCCACCUUUCAAGUGAUUGGCUUUGAUUCCCCCCACACCAACACCAGGUAGAAAGGUACUCAGGGAUGUGCUCCUCCCUGACUUCACUGCUUUAUGACUCCAUUCCCCAAUACUCUGAACCAUCUAUUUCCCCACACCCAAGUCCUUCACCAUGAGGGCAAAGCUAGAAACUCACCAAUCCUGCAUUCCUUCUCCAAUAGCUGCAUGCACAGGGGCAUGUCCAGAGGGGAAGUAUUUUAGAUAGAAUUACAUGGGAGUUUACAGGCCAUUCAGCCCGACAGGUCCAUACUGGUGUUUAGACUGUGCACAAGACUCCUCCUAUGCCUAAGAUAAAAGCAAAACACUGCGGAUGCUGGAAAUCUGAAACAAAAACAGAAAAUGCUUGAAAAACUCAGCAGGUCUGACAGCUUCUGUGGAGAGAAUCUGCAUCUGUUUCUCUCUCCACAGAUGCUGUUAGACCUGCUGGGUUUGUCCAGCAUUUUCUGUUUUUUCUCCUCCUAGUCCUCUUCAUCUUGCCCUUAUCAUCACAUCCUUUGAUUCCUUUCUCCACCAUGUACUUACCUAGACUCCUGUUAAAUUCAGCUCUGGUAUUCACUUCAACUACUCCUGGUGGGAGAGAGUUCCACUUUCUAACCAUUCCUUGCAUUAGAGAGCUUCUCCCAAAUCCUGAUUGGAUUUAUUAGUGACCAUCUUAUAUAUAUAUUGCAAGCAGGGAAUGGAAUAUCCUUGAAGAAACGGGCAGGACUAGCAGAAGGUGUGGCACUUUAAGAAAGUUACUGCAAAGCAGCAACUGUACAGCAAAGAAGCUUUAAAUUAGGGCAAAAGGCAAGAGAUCCAACAUGCAAUUGCUAAACAAUGACAGGCUUCCUUAAGAGUAAUGACCCAACACCAGGCCAGGGGUUAUCCUUUGUCACUGCUAGACUGGUCACUGCACAUCUCAGCAUCUGUUCAGCUACUCCAGACAGAUUUUAUGGUUCAGUCCAAUUUAAAUAUUUUUGUGAGGAUUAACAAGCCUUUCACAUACCAUGCUGAUGCCACCGUUAGAUUGCCUGCACCUGCCAACAUGCCACCAAACAUAUGUGCCAUCCCUUCCAUACCUACUGGGCAUUGACUAUUGGAAAUGGCACCUUCAGAUUCCGGGUCAAUGUCAUACGGCCAGGUUGCCGUGGCGUUGGGCUAACUCUAGAGGCCUUUAAAAAUGAAGGGUGGGACCCUCUAUUUGAAAUUAGUGCUGAGUUCAAACAGACCCCAUGUCUGCAGCUCCAAGGGCCUUAACCUGUAUGUGAGAGUCACAAAUUUAUGGAUGAGAUGUAAACACUCUUGAAAGGCAGACAAGGUCUGUAGAAGUGUCAUGAUCUGAAGUUAUUUAAAUCCCUACCCCUUUUAAGAAUGAAAAAAAAGACAAAAGGCUAAAGGUGUCAGUUAGAGUAAAAUACCAAACACCCACUGCUGGAGUGCAUUGACAGGCCAUCUGGUCUAGCUUAGAAUAAACCAAGAGCCAUCUGUUCCUGCAGUUUCAAUACAGUUUCAUUGUUGACAUUUCCCGAGGACUUUUUUUUAUUCAUUCACAGGAUAUGGGUAUUGCUGGCUAGGCCAGCAUUUAUUGCCCAUCCCUAUAGCUCUUGAAACUGUCAUUACAGGUGAGCCCAUAAUGAAUGCUUGGCUGAGUUUCAAAAGCUCAAAGCAUCUGAGCGGGGGGCUGAGAUCCCAUUUUGAUUUUUGAAUGCAUUUCAUGAAUGAGAGUCUUUUUCAGCAUCAAGUGUGUAUGAGUGAGAGCUCUCUUAGAUUGUUAGAAGUUUAACUUUUUUUCAUCUCCACAUGGCUCCUGUGGUCUGUCCCUAGUGGCUAAUGGGUGAGUGGCUUUGGAGAUGGCAUGGGCAGUAUGGCAUGCAUGGAGAUGGUAUGGGGGAUAUGAGAGAGCAUGCAGGUGGCAUGGGAUUAUGGUGGGAUUCAUGAGGGGGCACGGGGGGUAGAUUGGGGAGAGGGUGUUGAGAGAUGAGGGCUAGAGGGCCUGACAGCCUUUUAUACAAUUGGGCUGAAGCCUCAGAGAGCCAAGGUAGGUCUUCUAGCCAUCCGGCUUUGGCACUUUCCCAUCCCUGUGGCUUUCACAGAACUUCCUCCAUAGGUGGCAGCCCUGACUCGCUCAUGCUCCCCCUCCCCCACCCUACACAACUCCCAGAGAAAAACCCAUAUGUAUGGGGGGUCUUUUCCAUGGAGACGGGUUUGUCGAGUUGAGAGAUUUCCUAAUUCGAGCUUUAAUUGGCAAAAAUCUGGCCCAUAGACUCCUAGAGUCAUUUACGGCUCAGAUGAUGGCCAUUCGGCCUAUUGAGUCCAUGCCAAUGGAGCCACCCCUUGAAGCAAUCCAGUCAGUCCCACGUCCGCUCUAUCCCCGUAGCCCUACAGCUUAAUUUCCUUCAAGUGCCCAUCCAAUUAUCUUUUGAAAUCAUUGAUUGUCCCUGCUUCCAUCACCCUCAUGGGUAGUGAGUUCCAGGCCAUUACUGUUUGCUGUGUAAAAAAAAGUUCUCCCUCACAUCAUGGGAUGUGGGCAUCGCUGGCUGGGCCCAGCAUUUAUUGCCCAUCCCUAAUUGCCCCUUGAGAAGACUGUUGGACUAGUCCAUGGGACAGCUCUCCUAAUUUUGGCACAAGCUCCCAGAUGUUAGUGAAGGGUCUGGCAAGGUGGACUGAGCUGUGUGUGCCUUUGUCAUGGCCAGUGCCUGGGUCAAUGUCAGGUGAUCCAUUGUCAUUCUAUAUCAAUUGUAUUCAUUUUUAUAUUAACGUUACAUUCACUUGUGCUCCUAUUGAUAAACACAGACUAAAACUGUAGUUGUUGGUUGAGGGAGAGCACGUUUCGAAUGUGUGUUUCUAAAUGAAUGACUAUAAAAGUACCUAUCCUUCAGCAUCUGGCAUUCUGGAAUAGAACAGUCAGUCCAGGUUUAUUCUUACUUUACUUUCUCGUUGCAUUUUUGAGACAACUAAGUGGCUUGCCAGGCCAUAUAGGACAGUUAAGCAUCAACCACAUUAUUGUGCACCUGGAUUCACACAGACUGGGUAAGAAUGGCAGAUUCUCUUCCCCAAACCAAAGGCAGGUUUUUCCAACAAUUCAUUAGUUUCAUGGACACCGUUACCGAGACUACCUUUUUAUUCCCAAUUCUUCGGGAGUGUCAAUUUGGGGGACACCUUUGGUCGCUAUUUACUAUGAGCUAUGGUCAGGCUGUCGAAACCCAUUUCAUUGAGCCCCCUUAAAGCCAGUAACGAGAGCAGACUUUAGGAACAUUAGCUUGAGCAGUGUUCAAUUAUAGAAUUUAUUGCUACCGUUAUUGCAGCUAACUGUGUCACUAAGUCCCAGGACUGUUGAUGUCUAAAAGUAGUAUGAUUCCAAGUAUAUUUUAAGGGUGCAAAAUAAUUAGAAAAAGCUUAGCCUUGGAGCCAUUCUUGGAAACACAGGGAGAACGGAAUAGUAUAUUAGCACGCAAGGCUCAAAAUCAUGUUGAUAUGUCCUACAUAAUCCGACAAAGCAAAUUUAAAAAGAUAACCAUGAGCAGGAAUGCAGUGACACAUUUAACUUUCCCAUUACCUCAGAGUUAUCAAGGGCUGGCCAGCCACAACCCAAAAUUACCAACGGUUAUUUGGCUACUAUAACUAGUCAUCCCCACAUCAUGUUGCGAAAAUCUGAUUUCACAGUGACAAUAACUCAACAGCAGCUGUGCUCUACUUAAUAUAAACUUCAAUGUUUAACUUGGUUCAGUGACUAGCACUGUCUGAGUCAGAAAUUGAACAUGCGCAUUAGGAGCAGGAGUGGGCCACUCACUCCUCGAGCCUGCUCUGCUAUUCAAUAAGAUCAGGGCUAAUCUGAUUGUAACCCUCAACCCCACAUUCCCACCUACCCCUGAUAACCUUUCACCUUUUUAAUCAAGAAUCUAUCUAGCUUUGCUUUAAAAAUAUUCAAUGUUUCUGCUUUCAGGGAGAGAGUUCCAAAGACUCACGACCCUUUGAGAGAAAAAAAUUCUCCUCAUCUCUAUCUUAAAUCCCUUAUUUUUAAACAAUGACCCCCUAGUUCUGGAUUCUCCCACAAGAGGAAACGUCCCCUCCACAUCCACCCUGUCAAGACCCCUCAGGAUCUUAUAUGUUUCAGUCAAACUGCUUCUUACUCUUCUGAACUCCAGCGGACACAAGCUUAGCCUGCCCAACCUUUCCUCAUAAGGUUGUGGGUUCAAGUCCCACUGUAGAGGCCUGAACACAAAAUCUAAGCAGACCCUUCACUGUAGUACUGAGGGAGUGUUAGAGGUGCCCCAUUUUGGAUGGGAUUUUCUGGUUGUCCCUGGAAGGGGCAUUCUAGCUUCACCUGCCUCCACACACCAUUUUUGUUGCAGGCCAUUCCUGGGGGCAGUUUCCAACUGAUGAUACUAUCUUAGGGCAAAGCAAUCUUGCAGUGGGGGCCUCAAGCAUGCCCAAAGGCCCUAAUGCCCACUUCAAUCAUGACUAAAGGUUGUCCUCAUGUUGUUUGCCCUCCCCCCAAAAUGGCGACCAGCAAGAUGGCGGAAUGAGCUCACACUUCCUACCUGCCAUUUUGGGGCCUUUUGUAGUCCAGGUUGUGCCUGGAAAUGGACUGACUAAUUUCUGGAUCAGCGUAUAACAAGGCUAUAAUGACACUGUCAUGAUGACCCUUUGAGAAUUUCCCAUUAAUUUUAGUGGCACUCAGGAAUUCCGUAAGCAGGAACCAUCUGAUCUCGCCACCAUUAAAGGUGAAUGGGGCAGUUGCUGUCAGUAGACAAAAGGCAUUCUGGAGAACCUGCACUCAGCUACUUAACCACAGUGUCCCAGUCAGAUCAGCUCAUGUCAGAGGAGCUACAUCAACUUGCAUAAAGCAAUUUUAGAAUAGGAAUCCCUAUCUUUAGCUUUUUUUCUAGCUUCAAAUACUUAUGGUUAAAAUGUAUGUUGACCUUUCUGUGUUAUGCACAAAAUGGAAGAUAGGCAUUCCAUCCAUAUGAAUCAGGCAUGGGUGUUGCACAAGUGCCCUGACAACACAAGUAGCUGAGUCAGCAUGCUUAAAAUUUACUUCUUAACUUUACCAUUGAACCACAACGUUUGUGUGAAACUUAUCUGAGGGAAAAUGACAUCUGAUGAAAGAUAAGUAGAGAUAAAGAUGCUUCAAAUGUGAAUUAAAUUGUAUUUUAUAUACUGCCUAUUGUGAGGACUUUAAUAAAUGAAAUAAUUGAA